UCAGUAUAACUGUGCUUUCAACAUCAUAAAAAGAGUAAGAAAGGAUCAAAAGAAGAAUGAAGAAUCAAGCUUUGUUAAUGUGUCUGCUUGCUUUGACAACUACAUAUGCAGUGGAGUGCUUACCAAUUAAAAUUGAAGAUGUAAGAGAAAAUAAUGAAAUUGCUGAAGAAAGGACAAUUGUUUAUGACCCAACUGUAGACACUGAUUUCACAAUAAAAGUUGGAGAUAUAACUUACUUCACAAAGAACUACCGAGAGCUAUUGAAUGAGAAGCUGAGUUAUAAAGAGUCCUCGCAGGGAAAACAAAAGAGAGCCGUUGUCAAGCCCAAGAGUUGGCAAUGGCCCAACUGUGUCAUUCCUUACAUUAUAGAUGAAUUCUAUUAUGAGAAACAACAGCGUGUCGUAACCGAGGCAUUGGCGCAUUGGGAGGAGCACACCUGCGUACGCUUUAUGAAGAGGACAACUGAAGAUAAUUACAUCUUCAUCUAUCCUGGUCCAGGGUGUGGAUCAUAUGUUGGCAGAACAUCCAAUCAACAGAGGGUUUCAAUUGGCCCGUCUUGCUUUUCAUUUAGUAGUGCAGUGCAUGAGCUUGGACAUGUUAUCGGAUUCUACCACGAACACAACAGGCCUGACAGAGACGAGUACAUUGAUAUAAUCGAGAAUAAUCUUAAACCGGGGAGGAGUGUACUCUCACAGUUCACAAAACUCAGUCAUGAUGAAGUGGAUUUACUUGGAGUUGGAUACGACUACAACAGUAUUAUGCAUUACAAUAAAAACUCUUUUGCACACAGUUCUCAUCUGGAUACGAUAGUUGCACUUGAUCCAAGUAUACCAGUUGGAGAAGCCCAUACUUUGAGUUCUCUGGAUAUCCUUAGAGCCAACCUCUUCUGUAAAUGCUCAAAUUCUACUGAAGACCACCCCCCAAGAACGACCUUUGUGCCAGAUGAGAUAGUGUCCGAGCCAACCCUUCCACCUCACGAGUUUGCAUGUGGCAGUGUCUUCGAUGGUGUCUCGAGUGGCUCCUUCAGCUCACCAGAAUAUGGCGUCUACUCACACGAUACUGACUGCGAGUGGACAAUCAGAGUUGAAGAGGGGUAUCGAAUAAGGUUCACAGUAGAACUGGAUAUGGACUACAACCAAGGCUGUGUAAAUGACUACUUACAUAUUCACGAGAACUUUAACCGAAAUGGAUACGGUAUCGGAAAGUAUUGUCAAUCAUCGGAUCGAAUUAUUAACACCUAUACGACUACCAAUAUUGCGUACAUUCGAUUCCACACUGAUAGCUCAAAUCAGAGGGCUGGCUUGAAAGGAUUUAAUUUAACGUUUGAGUCUGAAGAUUUCGAUGAGUGUGCGUAUGGUGCAUACUGUUCUCACAACUGUACAAACUUUCCUGGGUCAUACGAAUGUCACUGCCCUAAAGGAUUCUUCUUAUCCAGUGACCACAAGCAAUGUUUUGAUGUGAAUGAAUGUGCCCUGGACAAAGGGGGCUGUGAUCACAAGUGUAUAAAUAAAGGCGGCUCUUUCCACUGUGUGUGUGAGGAUGGCUACAGGCUACUCUCUGAUGGGAAAACAUGUGUUGUAGAUGCUGAUGGAACCAUGGACCCUUGUUUGAUUACCAAAUGCGAGCAUUCCUGUGUAGUUGUCCCUGGUGACGUUCUUACGGCCAGAUGUUUAUGCCCUAAGGGGUACGACCUCUCAUCAGAUAGGGUGUCUUGUGAUGAGGAGAACGAGUGCCUCGCAAGAAAUGGAGGCUGUCAACAUUUCUGCACAAAUAUUCCAGGGUCGUACGAAUGCAGCUGUAUCAAGGGGUACAAAUUGGCAGAUAAUGGAUUUACUUGUGAAGACGCUGAUGAUACCGUUGACCCUUGUUUGAUUGCCAAUUGUGAGCAUUCCUGUGAGGUUGUCCCUGGUGACGUUGAUACGGCGAGAUGUUUAUGCCCUAAGGGGUACGACCUCUCAUCUAACAGGGUGUCUUGUGAUGAGGUGAAUGAGUGCCUCACAAGAAAUGGAGGCUGUCAAGAUUUGUGCACAAACGUUCCAGGGUCGUACGAAUGCAGCUGUUCCAAGGGAUACAAAUUGGCAGAUAAUGGACUUACUUGCGAAGAUGAUACCAUGGACCCUUGUUUGAUUGCCAAUUGUGAGCAUUCCUGUGAGGUUGUCUCUGGUGACGUUGAUACGGCGAGAUGUUUAUGCCCUAAGGGGUACUACCUCUCAUCAGACAGGGUGUCUUGUGAUGAGGUGAACGAGUGCCUCACAAGAAAUGGAGGCUGUCAACAUUUGUGCACAAACGUUCCAGGGUCGUACGAAUGCAACUGUUCCAAGGGAUACAAAUUGGCAGAUAAUGGACUUACUUGCGAAGAUAUCGAUGAGUGCAUGUGCAGACAACAGCGAUGGAUGGUUUGUAAUUGAGCCUGAAACGAUCGUAACUGAGACUAUAGAAGACAUCACUGAUCCUAAAACUAUCUUGUUGUGUGGAGGAUUGUCAACUGCUGCCGC